UUUUUUUUGUUUUUGUAUGAUGGUYGUCAAAAARUCAAUUAAAUCUCAAAACUUUUGGUGAAACAACUCGUACAACAUUUUAAAACCAUAGGCUGAAGUGGUCCACCAACCAAAAAGUAAAAAUGCCUAGAAACCAUAAAAAGAACUUCACAGGACGUUACAAUUUGAAGUACACCAACGAAAAUUUAUCUUUGGCUGUAAAUGCUGUUAAAAGAAAACAAUUAACCCUAAGAAAAGCUUCAGAGCAGUAUGGUAUUCCAAGAACAACUUUAAAAAGAAAAGUAAGCGGUACUCAUACUCGUAAUUAUGGAGGACAAAAAGUCUUAAAUGAACUAGAGGAAACUAAUUUAUGUGAAGGUUUAUUAUUGUGUGCUAAAUGGGGGUUUCCUAUGACAAGAAAAGACUUAAGAUUAUUAAUUAAAAGUUACCUUGAUAAGAUAGGACGUAGUGAAAAGCGAUUCAAAAAUAAUUUACCUGGAACCGAUUUUGUAAAACAUUUUUUAAAACGCCAUCCGGAGUUAAGUGAACGGUUUGGAGAAAAUAUUAAAAGAGCAAGGGCUAAUAUUACUAAAGAAGUGGUGAACAAUUUUUUUGAUAAUUUAUCACAGUCACUUGAAAAUGUUUCUCCUUGUAGUAUUGUAAACUACGACGAAACUAACUUCACUGAUGAUCCAAAAAAACAAAAAAUUAUUACAAAAAGGKGUUCCAAACACCCUGAAAAUAUUUUAGAUGCUUCAAAGACUAGUAUAUCUGUGAUGAUGGCAGGAAAUGCUGAAGGUGAAUUAUUACCUCCGUACAUUGUUUAUAAGGCUGAGAAUUUAUAUCCAACUURGACAGAAAAUGGACCUCAGGGAGCUAGGUAUAAUCGAAGUAAAAGUGGUUGGUUUGAUGAAAGGAUUUUUGAUGAUUGGUUCCAUUCCCUUGCUCUACCAUUUUUGAAGAAAAAACCUAUUAUAUUAAUUAGUGCCUAUAAAGAGUAA